AUGCCUCGUAGUUCGAGUCUAUUAUCAUCACAAGUUAGUUCAGUUAACAAACAUUAUGCAAAGCCAAAAGUUCAUAAUGUUCAUGCUCGUAAUAAAACUUUAGCGAAACCAUUUGUUCAAAGUCAACAAUCACAUAGUUAUUUUCAACAAUCAACAGAAAUUGCCCAACAAUAUAUAGAUCAUCGAAAUAUUAAGAAUGAAUAUAAUGAUGAAAAUAAUAAUAUUAGUAAUUUUGAAAUAGUACUAGAUAAUUUAUCAACAAAUUCUUUCACUGUACCAGCAUCCGAUUUGUUGUCAUCACCUUCGACGAUAGUCUCAGUGGAUUUACAUACAUUGUCCUAUUUUGACGAGCGGAAAAGAUGCUACAAUCUUGUUGAACAAGACAACAAAACAUGCAAUACAAUAAGUCAUUUGGUUGAAGAUAAAUCAUGUCAAAUUAUUGUAUCAUUUACGAAUUUGGAUGCCGAACAGAUGGUUAAAUUAUUAAAAUGUUUACAAUUAUUUUCUAUUCGUUUAACAGAGAAUAAUGAAAUUGAUGUAACAACAACUCAUUUAAUAACAGAUGAUUCACAAGAACAUUUAGUGUGUACAUUAACUAGAAAAACGUUUCAAGCCGUUGCACGUCAUUUAUUUGUUAUUUCACAUCGUUGGCUAGAUGAAUGUUUAAAACAAAAUCGAAUUAUUGAUGAACGUCCGUAUGAAAUACAUGGUGAUCUCUCAUUAUCAAAACAUCAUAAUGGUUUUGGUUUUUCACGAGUUCUUCGACGUCCUUUAUUUCAAAAUCUAUACUCUGUUGUUGUUGAUUGUGAUCAUUUUCAAAAUAUAAUUAAUAAACAAGAAUUAAUUGAACUUAUUCAACUAUGUGGUGCAAUUUCAGUCGAUAAAAAUUUUGAUUUUUCAGAUAAUCAACAAACAUAUGUUAUUUUAUGUGAGGAAAAAUAUCUUAAAGAUCAUUAUUAUCAUGAACGGUAUAAAGAUGAAAAGAAUAUACAUAUUGUAUCGCCAGAAUGGUUACUCGAGUCAAUUGCUAAAUAUGAAAUUCAACCAUUCGAUGAAUAUGAAAAAUCAAUUUCUUAG